UAUUAUUUCCCCUCUAAAGUCGAUUGGAAUCGACCCCGAUCACGAAGAACACAGUUGAAUUUAUCGUCUUAGGGUUUCUGCUUGUUCUGUGCGCGAAGAUUCGACGAUGGGAGGAGGAAGAGCCAUCACCACGGCGGCGAAGGUGGCCGGGAUCGGCGUCACCAGAGGAGGAUUCACCGGAGGAGCAGGAUACUCGGCGGUGCCUCCGGCGACCGAGCAAUUGGCGGUCAGGAACGCUCCGUCCACAAGGCAUAUCUCGGCUGCGAUCGCAUCGGCGACUCAUCAGAUCGCCGACGACGACGUGGCGGUUGUGCAGAAGCCGGUGUGGGAUGAUUGGGAGUUCGCCGGCGUUGAGGAGGAGCUCGGUGGUGGCGGUGAGCCGAUUGCUAGGGUUGUGUUCAGCGGCCCUCCUACGCUCCAGGAGGCGAAAGAUGCCACCGAGGACUUGAAAGAAGCAAUUGAUAUGGUGUACUUAUCAUCUCAAAAGACGUCUCCAAUGGAAGGCCCAGUUGCUGCAGGUCCUGUUUCGGGCAUUCUCCGAAGUGUUCAAUCCUCCGAGAAUGACGUUUUCAAGGGUGUUCAAUCAAGGGUGUCUCCUGUUCCAAAGGUUGCACUGCAGGCAUUUGCUUUUCUGAGUGAAAGCCCGGCUGCCCAGUCUGUUGUAGCUUCAAUUGCGUCUGAUCCAAAAGUGUGGGAUGCCGUCAUGGAAAACAAGGAUCUCGUCGAGUUUUUGGAGUCUAACAAGACUGGUGCCCACUUGCACGAUAAUGAAUCCCCAAAGGAUGACGACCAGUACGAAUCCUCGGUUGUUUCCGAAUCUGAAGUCACCACCGAGGAAAAAACUAAAGAACCAUGGGGUUUUCUGGAGGAUAUGAAACUGAAAGUGGUUGAUCUGGUGCACAAUGUCUCUGCCUACUUCGGUGGCUUGUUUGGUUUGUCCUCGUCGAGCGAGGAGAGCAGUGACUCGAGUUUCGAUGGUAAAGCCGAGUCAUCGUUCUUCCCUGAUGGCCGCAUCAUUUUCGGGUUGGUUGUGAUCGUCAUCUCCGUGGUGGUUCUAAAGCGUGCUUGAAGAGUUUUCUUACUCGCUGUCUUUACUUCGUAAUUUGCCGAACUUACCGUGCCUGAAUACAAAAGUACGUCUCUGUAAAAAAUAUAUAAUAUAGUGGCAUGUAAUAUGUGGUUUUUGGAUGUAAUUGCUAUCUGUCUACGACUCAAAGUUUUAAUGAAACUUAUGUGAAACCCUUUAUAUUGGAUUUUA